UUCGGCUUACAUCAUGAUUGAAAUAAAAUUGCUAAUUACAAAAGAACUAAUUUGUCACAAACGUUAAAAAUGGACUCACAAUUAAUCACAAACUAUUUACAAACGAAAUACACUAAGAAAAAUUAAAAAUAAUCAUAUUUUAUUAUUCCUUCCGGCUAGCUUCAUGUAGAUUAUGUAGGUUAUGUACAUGCAGACCUAAUUGUUAGCUAAAUUUUCAAUGUAACGUUUACUGUUUUACCGACACAGAAUUCGAAGUUCAGCCUCAACGCUCCCAUCACCUUCGCGAAUUUGUUUUUGUUGAGGAAAGGGUGCAAUAAUUGUUGGUAUUAUGCAGUAUUGUGUAUAUACAUAAAUAAUGGAAGAAGAUGCAUGACUGCAAUGAGGGAACAGUAAUUGUUUUAAAAAGAAAAAUUUGUAUAACAAAUUUAUGGACUUGACGAAUUUGGUUUUAUCAUAUUUAUUAAAUAUUAUUCAAUGAAUUGUACAUGCAAUUAUUUUAAAAUAAAUUUUAAAUAAAGGAAAAGUCGUUUGAUUUUGAUAUAAAUUUUGCGAUAAGUAAAUUGUUUAUAAAUUUAAUGAAAAUGAGUAUGGAGGAGGAGUAUAAUGUAGCAGCCAGAUAUAGAACUGUUCGCAAGCAUUUAGAUAGUUUAGGAUAUAAGCAAGCACUUACCGUGGAUGCGCUUCCUUUGAUAGAAAAAUUGCUUGCCGAUCUCUUACAAACAACAGAAAGCUUGAAACAUUUUAAAAGCAUCGCGCAAGAAAAUAUUGAGGCACAUGUAGAAUUAAAAUCCAUAAUUGAUCCUUAUAAAUGUGAUAAUGUAAGACUAGUACAAGAAUGUAACCAGCUGCAUUUAGACUUGAUAAAAGAAAAGGAAAGUCAUCAGAAACAAAUUAAGGAUCUUAAAAAGGAAAUUUAUAAAUUGGAGCAUGAAUGUAAUGAUCUUCAGUUGGCAUCAUCUCGUAAUCUGCAUAGAAUUAAGGAAUUGGAGAUUGAAUCUUCCAAGAAGUCUAAGAGAAUUUUAGAACUUCAAGGGAAAUGUUUAAAGCCAACUAUUAGUAAUGUUGGCUUAGCUUCUAAAAAACGUCCUGUUUUUCCACUUCGAAGACCAGUCAUAGAAGGUGAACCAUUACCAAGAACAGGCUCUAAAAGUAAAAACCCAUUGCCAAAUUUAAGCACAGUGGAACCAAAAGUUGUUGAUUUGUUAAGCAUGGCAGACCAUAAAAUGAAUUGUUUGAGUCAUGAGGUAACAAAAUUAAAGGGCGAACUCUCUUUACAAACUGAAAAUGUACAUACACUAAAGAGUCAGUUAGCUGCAAAGGAAAAAGAAAUUAUGAGAUUGAAGAAGAUGUUAGAUGGAGGCAGACCAUAUACUGCUGUACUUAAAGAUUGUCUUUGUAAAAAGACAGACAAAGAUAAUGUAGAUGUUAACGAAUUAAAGAUUUUUCAGCAAGAAAAGCUAGAAUUAGAACAGCAGUUAAAAGAAGCCUUAAAUAAGCAACACGAUGCUAUGACUCAAGCGCUUAAACUUGCUGAUCGGAACGAAGAAUUAGAAAAAGAGUUAAGAGAUAUAGAUCAUAUAGCAUUAGCUGUAGAGGCUGAUUGUAAUUCUACAGUUAAAGAAACUAAUAAAAGAGUCUCUAAACUACAGCAAAAAUUAGAAGAAGUAAUGACACAAGUACAUGUAUUAGAAGGUGAAUUAACUGUCGAACGUAGAGAAGUGCAAGAAUUGAAAGCAGACCUUGAAGCUUGUAGAAUGGAAAAAAAUAACAUUAAACACACUUUGGAAUCUACAUUAGAUGAGAAAAAACAGAUGACAGAUAGGAUAAAUGAAUUAAUAGUAAUUGAAACAAACUUAAAUGAUGAAAUAGACAGGUUGGCCAGGGAAAAUGAAAAACAAAGACAAGAUAUUAUUCAGUUACAAUAUAGCAAUAAAUUGUUAAAAGAUCAAAUGAACAUGAUGGAAAUUUUAAAAGAUAAUGAUAUAAUAAAUAUAAAAAGAACGAGAGAAAAAGGCAAAAGGAAUGAUGACAACAAUGGACAAAAUGGAAUAGAGAUUCAUGAAACGCAUAAAGAGAAAGAAGUUCAAAAUGAGAAUGGUAUUUGGUACAACAAUGUACUGAGACAGUUGAAUGAGAAAGAGACUCAAAUAAAUAAUUUACAGCAAACGGUUGAACAAUUAGGACGAGAGAGAGAUUUCUACAGAGACGAAUAUAAUAAAAUUAAAGAUUACCAUAAUAAAACAAUUGAUAAAGAUCAUGCUGAUCUGUGGACACGAAUUCGAGAAUUGAAACUUCAGUUAACCGAAAAAGAAAGUGCAGUGGAUGAAUUACAGCGGGAGAAAAAAGAACUGUAUCGUGAAAAAGUUAAUUUAGAGACGCGUUUGAAGAAUUAUAAAGCUGAACAUAAAUCGUCUUGUCGUCCCUGUAAUGUGUGUAAACGUGGAAAUUCGUGUAAUUGUUCUCUCUCAGCUGUGAAGGAUAUUAGUAAAACAAAGAGUAUCAUCGAAAGGUUGGAACAUGAACGAGACGUUGCUAGAGCGGAUGUUGAACGAUUAAUAGAGGAACGUGAUGCAUUACGUGAACGAUUAAAGAUGGCAGCAGAAGCACAUACUUCUGAACAACAUCGUUUGCGGGAAAACUUAACUGAUGUUGAAGCUCGACUGAAACAGAUAGAAAAGGAGCGGCAAGAACUUUUACUUACGCAGGGGUCACGAAGAGCAACCAUAAAGGGGCUGGAAGAUCAAUUACAAGAUCUGCGAGAAGAGCUAAAACGGACUAAGCAAGAAUUAGGAACGCAACGGACACAAUAUUUCCAACUUCGGGCCCUCCAAGAUCAGACAGAUCAGGCACUGACCGAUGCACAGAAUCAAUUAACACAAUCAGAGUCUGAAUUAAAUAAGGCGUUUGAUCGCAGUAGAGCGAUGGAACGACAGCAGUUGCAACUUGAAAGUCAAGUGAAGGAAUUGCAACAAGAAAUUUGUAAUCUUAAAACAAAGAUGACACAUUUGGAUCAUGAGAAAGAUCAAUUAUUGAUGGUAUUGGAUGAGAAGACUGAGAGAAUAGCUGCGUUAGAGAAAGAAAUAAUGCUGAAAGAUCAACAGGUAAUGGGAAGUGAACAGCAGAUUCGUGAAUUACAGCAAAAAAAUGAAAUGACCAUCGACCAGAGUGCCGAACAAGGCAGGCAAUUAAGAAUGAUGCAGCUGGAAGUGGAGAAUCUUCAACGACAACUGCACACGGCCUCUUACGAUCGGGAGAAUGCGAUUCAAGAAAAUCAACGGGUCCAAGACGAUUUAGCCGCGGUUACUUGCGAAGUAAGAAAUCUGCAACGGGAAUUAGACGCGUCUCGUGCCGAAUGCUCCGAUUUGAAACGGCAACUUCAAACUUACGUUGGCGAAGUUCGUCGAGCUGAAGAGCUUCUCAAUCGAAAGGAGAACGAAAGAACGGAGAUGUUGAAUCACUUCAGAAGUUUGAGCUUGGAGGCGACAGUUUUGGAGAACAAUAAUCAUAGUUUGGAGUCUGAAGCAGCCGAAGCAAGAGGUGCGCUCCAUUCGGCUAGGGAUCGGUUGUUAGAUUUCGAAAGACAAUUGGCUGAUAAGGAUUCUCUGAUAAGGGGCUAUGAAACUCAGAUCAGCGAAUUAACUCAAAAUGUGGCCAGUAUGGAAACGCAGUUGCGUCAACAAGGAGAACAGAGGCACAGAACAGAGGCCGAUUUGAAUGCUGUUAGAGAUUUGUGUGUAAAAUUGGAUCAGCAGAAAGAUACACUGAUGCAACAAAUGGACGAUAAAGACGCAAUCAAGGCGCAGUACGAUAUGCAAAUCGCUAAACUAAAAGCGGAGCAAAUUGCGAUCCAAGAUCAGAUGAACAGAGAUCGCGUAACCGUUGAGCGACUGGAGAUGCUUUUGGAGCAAGCUCGUCAAGAGUCUAUAACUGCACAGGCUAAUAAUCAGGAGCUCCAAAACGAGAUGUCCAGACUGAGACAGAAGAUGUCUGAAUUACAAAAUAAAUUAUCGUCGGAAUCAAGCAAACUCCGGCAAUAUCAGACUCAGGCUGCGGAGUACUGUAAACAGAUCAGUGAACUGCGUAGGCAAGUUACAAACGAGAGAUUUGAUCGUGCAAGAAAAGACGAAGAAAGUCGCAGACACUCAGAAGGCCUUCCCGAUUCACUCGUCCAAACUCCACAUCCUACCAACCAAAAUCCCAACGAGUCAAAUGAUACAGGAUUUGCGACACGCAGGUCAUUAAAUUCGACACCCGACAGUUUUAACGUAGAUUUAAAUGUGGUUAUAUAAAGUAUCAUUUAACAUGCUCUGAUCAAUA